AUGGACGCCGAGGCCAAGGACUCUAAGAAAGAGUCUUGUGUUAUCUGCACUGAAGACAACAUUGAUUCUGAGCUCAUGUUUUCUGUCGAUAAAUGCGGUCAUCGGUUUUGCUUAAACUGUGUGGAACGGAAUAUAGCGGUGAAUCUGCUUGAUGGAACGAUACCUAAUUGUCUUGAGCAUCGCUGCAAGUCUCAGCUGUCUAUUGAUAGAUGCGGCAUGCUUUUGACUCGCAAGCUGAGUUUGAUGUGGAGGCAGAGGAUUAAAGAGAACUCAACUCCUUUGGACGAGAGAAUUUAUUGUCCGGACCAAAGUUGCUCUUACUUAAUGUCCAAAAAAGAGCUUGGUUCAUCUGUUGAUGAUGAGUCUGGACUUAGGAGGUGCUUCAAAUGCUUUCGCUCCUUUUGCCUCCGGUGCAAAGUUCCAUGGCAUAGCUCACUAUCGUGCAAAGCUUACAAGAAACUGCAUCCUAAUCCUCAAGAUGAUGAUGAUGAAGAUGAUGCAAAGCUUAGAUCCUUGGCAAAACGUAAAGGGUGGCGUCAAUGCGGAAAAUGCCAUUACAUGGUUGAACGUAUUGAGGGAUGUUUCUUCAUGAGAUGCAGGUGUGGAAAUACAUUUUGCUACAUGUGUGGAGAAGGAUCCGUGCAACAUAAUCCUCGAUGCCGCACCCAAGACCCACAUUGGAUUGCUCGUUGGCUUUUUCGUGGUUCCUUUGUAAUAGGUGUCGUGUUAAGCCUGUUGAGAUUGAUCCUGUAA